AUGAUUUCACCAAACCGUAUUAACGAAGGGAAGGACAAAGUUCUUGGAAUUUUUUCGCUAUUCACUGAAGAAGAAUUAAUGGACAUUUUCGCACUUGAGGAAGACUGUUUAGAACGUUGCCUACUGUACUGGGGGUGCAUAACACAAGACUCAUCCUGCUGUUUCAAAGGCAUUGACGACCUCGUUGUGCGCGUGAGUGCAGUAAGGACAAGGCAUAAAAAUCUGGAAAUAAAGGGUCUGUUUUAUGUUUGGUUGGAAGUGCAAACACUUUUUGAGUCGAUAUCAAAAUCGAGGAAAACGCUUAUUACUGCUGGUCGUGAUGAAAGGACUUUCACGAUCACAUCGAAAAAAAAUGCUUUUUUGGAGGCCCGUGAACUCGAUUCGGACGGUGUUUCUUCACCUUCUGUUUCGACAGAGUCCUUGGAUAAACAGCAAACCGCUGUAAAAAGUAAAAAAGCGCUUUAUCAAAGCGUUUUGGAAGCAGCAAAGCGGAAACCUAGACACUUAAUUUCGCGGCCUUUUAAGAGCUCGAAGAAGUUUAUUAAGCGAGCUGGUAAAGCAUCUGAUAGUUCAGACGAAUGCCAUGAAAAAAAGAAACGUUUUUCAUUUACAACGGCAUCUGAACGUGACCAUUUUUUGGAGGAUGUUGCUGAUGUGCCAAAAAAACUUGAGGGAUACACGGCUGAAGGCGAAACUUUUUGUGGUGCUUUGAAUUUAAGCUAUUUAUUGGAACAUUUAGGCUGCACGUUUGUCACGGAGAAAAAGGAUUUUCCACAGUUUGAAGUGACAGAAAAUAAUGUUGAAAUGGUUAACGGUAGACGAAGUUUUAAAGCAGAUGUUCGUUUUUUGUCUACUGUGAAAACAGAGGCAUAUUGCUUCUGUUCGUCGGAAUGUUUGAAAAUAUUUAUAUUGCCAUUAUAUGAUUCCACUUCCAAUAGAGGGUUUGUUCUGCCUACUGCACGAAAUUAUGAGGAAUUUGGGAUCACUAAUUUACUGAGGAAUAAGACGUUUCCGGCAAAACUUAUAGCUUCCAAAGAUAGAAAUUUGCUUGCAUCCUUCGUAGGCGGUGUUAAAAUAGGCAAUUUUCAUAAUGACUGGAGAACUAAGGCUGAGGAAUGUAUUUGCGAUUAUUUUGGGAUCCUCCACUUCCGUCUUGAUUUGCCAGCAAAGGAGCUCGAAAGGAACAGCAAGGAGUUUGCGGAAACGAAGUUAGCCUUUAGGUCUGCUAUUUCUUAUCACUGGAAGUGUCUUGUUGACGAUCAGUACGACCCUGUCUCUCACUCUGGAAGAACGACAUCAUUGUCUAAUCCUGCUCCCAUUCGUAAGAAGUGUUCUUGGAAGAGUUGUGAGGAUUACGCUUUUCAUUUUGUCCAGGAAAGAAUAUCUCGAGAUUUUCGCUUGAUGCGCCCCUUUUACGAAGAGAUUGAGGAAGGAUUAGUUCUCUCCGGAAUCGAGUCGUAG